AUGAUAAUUGGUCUGCUGCAGCCUUUCAAAACAAAACCCAUAUUAGGUAUUGCUAUCGAAGGUGGUGCUAAUACAAAACAUCCGCUUCCUAGAAUAAUAAAUAUACAUGAAAAUGGAGCAGCAUUUGAAGCGGGCGGCCUAGAGGUGGGGCAGCUAAUACUCGAGGUGGAUGGUAAUAAAGUCGAAGGCUUACAUCAUCAGGAAGUUGCCCGACUGAUAGCCGAAUGUUUUGCAAAUCGUGAAAAGGCUGAUAUAACCUUUUUGGUUGUCGAAGCGAAAAAAUCGAAUUUGGAACCCAAACCAACUGCUUUAAUAUUUCUAGAAGCCUAACAUUUGCUUGCCCUGCCGGCUACAACCAGUGAUGAUCCCCUGGAACAACAGAAACUGGAGUUCCUCUAUGAAUGGGGUAUCGAUUUAACGACAACGCCAAAACCAAUGCCAACACCAAUACCACUAACAAAAGCUAAAAAUCCACCGCCACUGCCAACA